GUUGUCAAGGCAGCCUCGGAGAGCACGGCUGGCUGACGGAAAGUAGCUGCAGUGUCCUGGCAACGUCUCUGUCCAAAAACACGUUCACUAAAACUGCCCCGGAAAGUUAGGUGUAACUAAAGGACACCCGCAUACCAAAGUGAUGUCUGCAAGAGUUGGCAGCUGCUCAGCAAAGCCAACCAUCAUGUAGGAGGAGACCACGUACGUUGAUGCCAUCAAGGAUUGUUGACCAACGGGAUGAUUUUAAUCCGUGUGACAAGGGAAGAGCCAACCACCACUGUUGGAUGAGAACCGAUGGGCUGUUCAAGCUGGCGAUGCCAACUGCAAAAGAUAAAAGUGGUUCAACGUCCCACCGCUACCGGCCGGCCUCCGAGUACGAUGAUGCCACGCUCAACCAAAAAAGACAAUACUGGAGAACCAAGAAACGAGAGCAGAGGGCCCGACUGACAGAGCGCAGAAUAAAGGGAACGCAAGGCGGAAAGAUCCUACAUCUGCACGCCCCUGCGGUGACAAAUUCUACUUCAACUCUCCCUUUUGCCGCUUUUGCUUCUCCUUUGCAGAGUAAUGACGACUCUUGCAAAAAAGUUGCGACCUCUUCUGCAUCACCAAGUGUAAAUGUAGCCACGGCCUGCUCAGUUGAAGCCACUGACAACCAAGAGGAGAAGUGGCUCCAUUCAAUGAAACUGGACAUUCUCUCGCCUCAGUUGCCAGCAUCGUGUUCCAUUUCAGCCAAAGCUUCUAGGGGCAACACGGUCACAGCGAGGGGUACGCUGAGCAGAGCCGUUACCUCACAUACACCCAGUGGAACCCAGCUAAACACCCGUUCCUCAGUGCCUCCAUUCAGAGUGACCAGAACUACCAAUGGCAGCUCCACUGAAACAACGCCUCAGUCAUGUGGGUCUAUGCAGAGUGCAUCAGCCCCUAAAACACGUCAGGCACAAGUUGCAUUACGCACCCAGCCCAAUCUCCCACCAACCAAUGUCACCACAGGCGCGAUUCUUAUGUCCUCACCAUGUGUCCCAGACUCUAUUAAAAGGGUGGGCAGAAAAGCGAACACAACGCCUCAAAGUGGAACAAAGAAUGCCUUGGUCACUUUGCAGGGGGCUAAAGGUGUUAGCAAGUCCCCUUCUUCUUCGGGGCUAGAGGAGGAGCAAGCAGCCAGACGCAGAGAGCAUUGGCGGAUCAAAAAGCGAGAGCAAAGGGCGAAGCUGGCAGCUCAGCUAGUUAAAGCUAGAGAAAGGGCACAGAGUGUGGAGUUCACGUUUCGGAGGCAAACAGCACAAAAAACAGGACUUGUGGGAGGCAAGAUUCAUCAGCAUCUUCCAUCUCAGCCAAUUUUGAGAGAAGCAAGCAAGAGGCAGUUUCCGACUCAGGUCAAAACUUCAUUUACAUCGGCCAAAAGGGAAAAUGACGAACUGCAAAGUGGGACAGGGGGCUUCGCCACAGCCAACCGGAACAAGGUAACAAAUGCACAAGUCUGUAGGACAACGCAGACAGCCAUCACAUGUGACGCUACUUUGUUUAGAAAGCCUGGGGAGUCUACGAGAAGGUUUCCAAGUUAUUUACAUCUUUCUAAUGUUGCCCGAGGGACAACCCGAUGUAAAACACCUAGACAGAGGUUCAUAGAUGCCCAGAAGAAUUUCAUGAAUCAAAGAAACAUAAGAUGUAAAUCCCCGUUAAAUGCCUCAUUCUUUGCUAGCAGAAAUUUCCCUCAAAUUGACCCCAACGACACGCCCGAGCAGAUAAUCGCCAAACGGCGAGAGUAUUGGCGGAUUAAAAAGCGCGAACAGCGAGCUAGGCUAUCAAUGGACGUAAAGUCUCGGUUGAAGGAGAGGGACUCUCUAAUGCGAAGAGUGAAACGUUACCAGUCAAUCCUGGAGGAGAUGAGGAGGGCCAGAGCGUUGGCCCAGUCAGCGGGAAGCAGCCUUACCCACGCCUCGGAGACCAUCGGGGGGUUCAUCAAGGAGGAUGGGACGGUGACUAUUAACAUUCCCCAGGUUCCUUCAGAGCACAACUCCGAGUGUCAUGUAGUUCCUUAUAACACUCCCAACACAAAACCUCAGCAUCACCCUAAUACAAACCGAAGAGUUAUAACACCCAUUCGUGUGACUAAGCCCCCUCCUCCCCUCCUACCAGCUCAGGUGAAAGUCUCUUUUCCCCUUGAUGGUCAGUCGCUCAACAAGCCACCAAGACUACUACCAGUCAGACAAAGCACAGCCUCUGCUAAACCACACAGGUUAGCAAUCCAAACUGUUGGUCAGCUCACACUCACUCAUCCUCAAACCCCUCAAAAUGUGGUUUCUGGAGGAUCGACCGCAGGGUCAAACCUGGGGGCCUGUGUCAUGAAGAUGGCCAUCUCCAGUAAUGCACCAUCACUGUCAGCACUCUCUCUGGAUCCGGAGUUGACAGAAGAGGAGAGGAUGGCAAAGAAAAGGGAGUACUGGAGGAUAAAGAAGCGAGAGCAGCGAGCAGCUCGAGCCGCUCGCCUGAAGCAGGGCGUCUUACAGGCCAGGGCCAGUGUGACCUUACAGAGGAGGAGGGCCCAGAGGAAAUUAGCGAUAGCAACCACACCACCAGGCAGGAGUCUCCCUGACCAAACAAGAAGUCUACAAUCCAUACCCAACAACCGUGUCCCAGUUAUGCCCCAUGCAAAUGAGAUAAAACAAGAGAAUGAGUCUAUGCCAGAAGUUGACCUUAAUUCUCAACUGGAACAAGCCAUCUGUCCAGAUAUCAAAGCCCCAAGCUCCCCACCACCACCACCUCCUCCAGCGGCACAUUCGGAGCCUGACUCAGCUGUGAAUGCAGACAGCCAAGCUACCACUCUGCUAGCUGUAGCCUCUAUGAAGAAACUCCUGGAAGAAUCACUUAGCACAGUGACAGAGUGUAGCAGUGAGCAGUCUACCAUUAAAUUGGAGUCAACGGAGGCCUCAGAGCAAGAGAUGGAGCCAAAUUUACCCCCGAACAAGUUGGCUCCUAUCGCUCCUGACUUGACAUUGGAGAUAAAAAGCUGGCCUUCAAAUUCCAAUGCUUUAGUUCAAGAAUGUUCACCAAGCCCUCAUCUCAAGGACUCAGCCCAAAGUAGCGAGACAAUACCACCUCUUCCCAUCUCCAGCGGGGUAGUCCUGCCUCCCACAUGCGAGCACUCAUCCCAAACGCAUUCAAACUUCAUAGUAAAACCCUCUAUGGAAGCCUCUCCGCCCCGCAGAACCCAGAGGCAACGCACCAAAAAAGCAGGCCAUCAAAGCAGCCUUUCCGCAGAGCCGCCAAAGCUGCAUCACCUACCACAACCGCAGCAACAACACAGUGAAAAACGGUGCCAGGCACAGGAAGAAUGCCAAAACAGCAACUCCCGCCCAGAACAAGGACCUCUCAGUGUGAUGACCGAGCGCAGCGGUCUGUUCGGCCUGCAGAGGAAGAGGGAGUACUGGAAACUGAUGAAGAGGCAGCAAAGGGCCCGGUUAAGAGCCCGGCAGAGAGACAGAUCGGCAGAGUGCAGCAGUCGUCUCUCCCAGAAAAACAUUCAGGCUUCAGGUCUCGUUCUUAUGAACACCACAAAGGGCGUGAAUCCCCGAGGAAAAGCAGCACUCUAUCCCGAGCCGCCCGUUGCUUCUCCAACUGCAGUGGCCAGUAUCCCCUCUGUCCUGCUCGUUAGCCACAUGGCAUGCAACGCUGAACAGUCACAUGACGCACUCCGGGUCAAAUUGCCUGUCAACAGUGUCUCCUGUUCACUCAGAAGUGUGCAGAACCAUGUGAACAUUGGACCAUCACAGAUCGAGUCCUACUGUCAAGGACCUCACGAGAAUCCACAACAAGCCAUGCCAAGUUCAAGAAGGUGGAUGUCCAGAAGCACAGACCUGGACUUGGCCCCUUCACUCCCUUUUCUGAAACCCCCAGACAACCCACUGUCCAGCAUCAACCUUCAGCCCAUUGAACCUCCUCCAAGUCCAAACUGCACCUUCAGUCCAAUAAAAAUCCCUUGUUCCCAGCUUCAGAACCCCACACAUAUGAUGCAUACUCCCACCAAUCUGGCACCCAUUACCUCCAUGCCUCCACCAAAGCCCAUCCCAGGGGAGUGUGAGGAGGACUUUUUGAGGAGGAAGAGGGAGUACUGGAGGAUUAAAAAGAAGGAACAGAGAGCCAGGAAGGCCAUUCGGGACAAGGGAGUCUCCCCAAGAAGAGCCUCCAACAACUUUAGGACCAUCCUGCCUGCCCAGGAGCCACAAACACAGGAUUCUGGUCAGUGGCUGAGCUCCUCUGAGGAAUCAGAACAUCUAAUGAGUAAUUCAGAGGACACCGACAUGGGAUCGUUUUCCUUCUCAGGUUACACAGCACCAGAUAAUGCAGAGCUUCUGUUCACUGACUACGAGGAUAAUAACGGAGAGGAAGGUUCCGUCUCAGACGCCGUGUGGAGGAAUCGCUACCUCAUGGACUACGAUCCGCUCAACCAGCUGCUGGUGUGCAUGGUGUGUGGAGAACUGCAGUACUCCCACAGCCUGGAGGGGGUGAGGGCCCACAUCGAUGAGGCCCAUCCGGACACCCUGGCCCUGGAGCCCAGGGAGCAACGGCAAAUACUGGAGGCCUGGGACGAGCAGGUGUCCCAGAGGGAGCGCUUUUUCACCAGCCAGCUCCAGCAGCACAGCGGGACCCUGGAAGAAGCACACAGGAACUGAAGACCAGAGGAGAGGACUGCAGGAGACAACAGCCACACUUUGUCUUAUUUAUUAAAAUUGUAUCAAUGGGUUUACCUUCACAAAGUCACCUUGAAAGAAAAUGCUGUAUUGGAAAGAUUCCUCCCAACGGGCAGCUUUACCUCAUUUCCCUACCAGGGUUGUAAUAUGGGUCUAUGACAGUCCGUGUGGACAGUUUCUGCAUCAAAGCUUUGAUGGAUAUGACGUUUUAUAUUUAAAAUAUUUAUAGAAGUAUGACAUUCUGGUGAAUAGUCUUUGUACUAAGCCAGGCUAAAAUUGUGUGGGACCUAUAAACUGAGGAUAAACCUAUGUUGAAAUUCAGGUCCGAGGCUGUUCUAGACCCCGCUAGUUAUUGGAUUGUUGCAUGGCUGUUCAGAACUGUUCAAGUUAUUGUUUGUGAUUCUCCAUGAUGUUCUUCAAACCCUGAAGCUUACAUAUGUUCCUCAAUGACAACUUUUUGUAUUGAGACAACUUUUUUAAAACUUUGUCAAAUGUGUACAAACCUCCUGCAGUUCAUAUCAGCUUCACCAUAUGACAUAAAACAUCUAACGUCUUCACUGUAAAUACAGAAAAUACUUAAGUCGUAAGACGUAUAAGACUGUGCAGUUUCACAAUAUUUGGAGCAAUGGUAUUUAUUGACUCUCCUUGUAUAAUGAUUAUUGAUGGUGCAUUAUUCAUAUCUGUAGAAAGCUCCAUGUUAGAGAAUCUUCUCAUCUGUGAGUAUUGAGUCCAAGGGUUUCCUGCAUGAGUAGUAAAAGGAUAAACUACAAUGUAUCAUUUAUGAUAUACAUUCUCGUGUUUUGUACCAUUUCAUUCAGAGAAAACUGCUGAACUGUUCUGUUUGAGCACAAAGCUGUUCGGAGGACUGCCUUCACAGCUGCAACACAGUGUCAAUAGCUGGAAGCGACCAAGCUAUUUUACCUUCUGAGAAUGUAAUUCUGACUUGAUGACUUGUUUACCAGUUCAAAUGGAAUGUUUCAAUGCCUUUUUCAGUAAUAAACCUUUUCUACCUUUGAGCUUA